AUGGAACUAAAAGCCGAGAAAACUGGUCGGGAGACUAGAACCCGAUCUCGACAAGGCUGCGCAAACUGUCGCCGGAGUAAGGUGAAAUGCGACGAGCGAAAGCCCAUUUGUACACGAUGUUGGGAGAAAGACCUGCAGUGUUCCAAAGCCGAUAUUCGACUCAAGUGGGAAGCCGAUUUCCACAGUCGUGGGAUCGCAUUUGGCAGAUCUGGCAUCUGGAGGAAGAGUCCAACUCAUACCUCAGCUCAGGCCCGUUUCGGGAUCAAUGGAGUGCCUGGCUCCCCACCGGCUGGUACUACGUGGGUUGAGACGCCUGAAAUACAGCCAUGGAACUUUCUCAGCAGCGAUUUUUCCUUGGUCCAGCGCCUUUACCACGAAGAAGAAAAUGAUAUUGAGCCGCAUCUUUUACCCGCGCGACAAAGGGAGAUGCAUGCUUAUGGCCAGAACCCAGGUUCUUUGAAUUCGCCCUUGUCAUUUCUGUUGCCUUUCUCAGACCGGUUUCUGCAGGCAGCAGGAUUUGAAAACCAGGACAUACUGCCAUGCCUUCCAUUGUUUCCCUCCUUGAAGGAACUGGGCAAUCCCAUAUUAUUCGACUACUACAUCAAUCAGAUCUGUCCACGUACGGCACCCAGUCCUGUCGCCAAGUCUCCUUUUGCGUCUGUUAUUCUUCCAUAUUGCCUUUCUGCAACACCUACUGUUCUCAGAGCGAUCCAGGCAGUCGCAGCCUGCCACUGGUCUCAAUAUGACUCAAAAUACAGCAGAUUGGGCUUGCACCUCAAGUCUAAAGUCUUGAUUGAACUGAGGCGACAGAUCACCACGGACCCACAAUAUCUGGUCGCACAAGACCCUGAGAUCCUAGUGAUUGUAAUGCUGUUGUGUCUUUUUGAAAUCGUGGAUCAUUGCGAUUGGCAGUGGAUCCUGCAUCUCCAGGGAGCGAAAGAUAUCAUUCGACUUCGAAGGAAGCAGCAACAAACCUCCUCAGACUCCUCCGUCGGCCAUUCGGAAGACCCGGUAUCCGCGUUUGUGGAGCUGUUCUUUGCCUUCCAAGAUGUAAUGGGUCGCACGGCUUGUGCAAAGGCAGACUUGUUCGGGGCUAGCUACUGGGAUGAAAGUGACACAUUCAUUGAUGGGUGGAUGGGUUGCAGCCCCGCACUCGUCUCGAUAUUAUUUUCAAUCAUGGACCUUAGUCGAUCAAGGCGCCAACUGGUGUCAGAUUCAGACAAGACAAGCUUUCACAUCAAGGCUUCCUCGUUGAACACGAAACUUCAAACUCUAGAUCAACAACUAAACGCCAAAACAGAAGACCGCACCCUUCAGAGCAUCGCAGAUCUCAAAAAACUCACUUGCCACGUCUACCUUCAAUGUGCUCUAUAUGAUGGCAAGCCAACCGACUCGAUGAUCAAGAGCCACGUGCGAGAAAUCCUGAAAGGGAUCGUCGGUCUUAUCGACCAGAACUCGGUUUCCCAUGUCAUUUGGCCGCUAUUCGUGGCAGCUGUGGAGCUGGACCCGCUUGAUCAUGAACUCUGGUCAGACCCGGACACUGGCGCAAUCACAGACGGGAGAGUACUUGUGUUGAAUCUCCUUGCUAAGAUUGCCAAAGUCAGUGUUUCUAGUGUUUCUCGGACACGAUCGGUUGUUGAGCAGGUCUGGCAAACUCGGGACUUCAAUGUAUCCAAGGCUUCUGGGUCUAGUAAGAUACCGUCGUCCGAUCUGAACGAUUGGGAACAUUACGUUGUCCCAGUAAGCGAUGCGUUGAGCUUAGUGUGA